AUGUCUCUGCCCAAACUGCCCACCAAUCGUCGAUUCCUAACCCGGCUAUUCAAUUCGCUAGCACCACCACCAGCCCCGUCAUCACCUGAUGCCGCUGCCUCGCUCACCGACGACGACAAGCACCACCCCAACCCCCUCGAUAGCGUACCACCCGCCGUCAAGAAACAGCUGCUUUCCUUGCAAGUCCUCUUCCCAACCGAAUUCAUUCCCGCGCUAGACGUCCUCGACCGCCGCCUAGUCACUCGAUUUCGCAUCCGAAACCAUCCGUCGUCUCCUUCUGUGCAUCGGCAAGAUGGAGUCCACCAUCAAGACGCGGUGAUGCGACUAGGCGGUGACGACGACCAUGAUAAUGAUGAUGAUGAUGAUGAAGAGAUGCACAUGAGUGACGAUGCAACCCUCAAAGACGCAACGCGUACACUUAGCACAAAACACACCUCCCUCCCUCAUGAAGAAGCAACAUCAAUACCUGUACAUGUCACAACUACAACCUCUACUUACGACAAGACCACAAAAUCAACAAUCUACUACGUCCAAUCUGCCCAGCACCACCGCUCCUCCCGCUACUCCUCUUCCUCGGACCAAACCCCAACCUACCAAGUCCGCCUCACAACCUGGUCCUGCUCCUGUCCCGCCUUCACCUUCGCCGCCUUCCCUGCUUCCCCCGACUCUUCCUCUAUUCCCUUUGCUAACCAUGCCAAUGACAACCAUGACGAUAACGACACAGCACAAGACCACCCCUGGAUUUUUGGCGGUACAACACUAGGCGACGAUAUGCCCCCCGUCUGCAAACACCUGCUGGCUUGCCUGCUCGCGGAAAAGUCAAACUCCCUAUUCGGUCGCUUUGUCAAUGAGAAAUGGGUUACCGUGCAUGAGGCCGCCGGCUGGGCUGCUGGAUGGGGAGACUGA